UUAUGGAAUUUAUUAUAUCAUGGACCUAAGAGAAAAAGAUUUUAAAAUUUAUGGGCAACAAUAACUUUAUCUGCAAACAUGGAAAGUUUUUGGGAGAGUAAUUGUUAUAUUAGUUAAUGGUAGACAAGAUUCUUAAAUGAUUGAGAAAAAGAAAUGAAUAAAAAAUUUUUUUGGAAAUAAAAAUCCAAAAUUCGUGCAGAGCCCACAUGAUCUAUAAAAGAAACACGUGACCAAAAGGGUAUAGAGUCGACUCCAACAAAAGCACCUCCCAAAACGUUCAAACAGUGGCCAAUCAAACAACAUAAACCCUUAACCAUGAGAACUACGAUUGGUUGGCUUCGAACCUACCAUUUGAGCUCGUUAACUAUAAAUUGGUACAAAUAAUAAUAACGAAAGUCAGUUUAGUCGACGCGGUGACGACGACGCCGAUUUUCAACAACGUGAUUUCUAUCAAUUAAAUUUAAAAAAAGAAUUUUGAUUUUUUUUUGAGAAAUGGAUGGUCCCUUUGAAGACGGUUUUAUUGAUUAUUCAAACCAACCUUUACCAUCAUUAAAUAGUACGUUACUUCAAAAUAAAGUGGGAAAUCAAGAAAAUUUGCACUCGAUUCAAGUUAUGUUGGGAUUGCAACAACACAACGAUAUGUUUUCGGGAAUGGGGAGUCCGUUGGAAUACAAAGGUUCCCCACAAAAUAAAUUGGACGGCUCUCCGACGAUGUCGCACCAACACCACCAGGAGUUGAUGUACCACCAACCGCAAAUGGAAACCGUUCAAAACGGAAAUGGAAAAAGGAAAAACGAAGACGUCGUUUUGUUGCAAAGUCAAAAUUUAUCAUCCAGCGAAAUUGGAACUAGUGCCGGAAAUGUUGGAACAACGACAACUUCCCAAAAGAAAAACGAUAAGAAGAAAGGUGAUAAUAAUGGGGUUAAGAAAAAGAAAACUAG